CCAUUUUCGUGCCCGUUGGUGAAAUGAAUACAAUACCAAUCCCAUUGCCUUCUCCAUUGGAGGAUCCAUCCACCAAAAUUUCCCAUCUAUUUGAGCUUCGCUCAGUUAAUAUAUCAUUAGGAUUUCCAUCUUCAUCAUCCACCUCCAUCAUUUAUUCUACAUAUUCAUCUUCUUCUAUUGGAAAUUCUGCGAGAAACUCUGCAAUAACUUGAGACUUUGGUGAAGAUAAAAUUUCAUAGCCGAUCUCAUAAUUUCCUAACUGUGCAUUCCACCUUUCUAUUCUCCUCGAUCUCUUCGAAUUAUUCAUUGUAUUUUCAAUUGGUACUCUUGUUAAUACUUUGAUUUUUUGGGCUUGAAAAUAAAUGCGAAGCUUGAAUGAUGCAGAUACCAAUGCGAGAAUCAUUUGUUUGAUUUUUGAAUAAUUUUUCUCUGCGCAAUUAUAGGUUUUGCUUAUGUAAUAUAUUGGUUUCUCCACACCUUCUUCUGAUCGUAAUAAUACUGCACUUAAUGCAUGGGAUGUUGAUGCUAAGUAUAAUAAUAAUUCUUCUCCUUGCUUCGCCUUGUGCAUAAUGGAUAAGUUUACCAGAUAAUCUUUUAUGCUUUGUAAUGCUUUAUCACAUUUCAUUGUUCAUUCAAAUUUGGUUUCCUUUUUAAUAUAUUGAAAAGGUGUUUGCACUUGUCCGAGGAUCUCGCAAUAAAUUUUCCCAGCGAUGCUAUCAAUCCGUUUAAUUUUUGAACAUCCUUGAUUGUUGCAGGUGGUGGCAUAUCUCUGAUUGCUUGGACUUUUUCUGGAUCCACUUGUAUACCCUCAUUGGAUAUAAUAUAGCCUAGGAAUUUUCCUGAUGAUACACCAAUUAUACAUUUUUCUGGAUUUACCUUAAUAUUGAAUGUUCGCAUUUGCUCAAAUAUUUCUCGCAAAUCAUCAACAUGGUCUUUCACCUCUUUGCUUUUAAUCAUCAUAUCGUCGACAUAAACUUCCAGUGUUCUAUGGAUCCAUUUUUCAAAUACUUUCUGUACCAUUCUUUGAUAUGCCGCACCGGCAUUCUUCAAUCCAAACGGCAUUUUCGUGUAACAAUAUAAACCUCUAGGUGCGAAGAAAGCAGUGUGUUCUUGAUCUUCUUCUGCUAAUGGAAUAUGAUUAUAGCCCUUGUACCCAUCUAACAUCGUGACUCUAUCAUUUCCUGACGCAGACUCCACUAUUUGUGGUAUGUUGGGUAGAGGGAAGCUAUCUUUCGGGCAUGCUUUAUUUAGAUAUGUAAAAUCUAUACAGAUCCUAAUUCCGUUGUUCUUUUUAGGUACCACCACCAUAUUUCUAUCCAUUCUGGAUAUUUUGCUUCUCUUAUAAUUCCUGCAUCUAGCAUCUUUUGUAACUCUUCUUCAAUUUUUGGAUGAUAAUCAGUUGCAAUUUUCCUUAUCCUUUACUUGAAUGGUUUUGCAUUCUUCUUAAUGUCUAAUUUAUGAUAUGCGACAGAUGGAUCUAUUCCUGGCAUUUCAUCCAUACUCCAUGCGAAAAUAUCACUAUAUGAUCGCAGAAUGUUUAUUGUUUUUUCUUCUUCUUUUUUACCCAUUUUGGUUCUGAUUCUUAAUAUUUUUGGUUCUUCUUCAGUUCCUAUAUUUAUUUCUUUUGUUGGUUCUGCUGCGGUAAAGUUCUCCUUUGGUUCGCCCAUAGGUGUUGGUUCCUUAAUUUCUUUAAUUCGUUUACCUUCCUCAGUUAGUUCUUCACCUGGUAUUCCUUUUCCUUCUUUUGCUCUUAUCAUGUAUAUCCGGAACUUCUUUUUUUUCUUUGUUCUUUCGCUUUUCUCCAUCUAUCCUUUCGUUUCUUCGCUCGUCCUUCAUAAUUUCGCACAUCUAUUUGAUUGCAAGUAUUCGCAGCCUUAACAUCUCUUCUGAUUUCACCUAUACCGCUUGGAAUUGGAAAUCUGAUACAUUGAUGUAAUGUUGACGCGACUGCCUUUAAUCCAUGUACCCAUGGUCGAUCUCCCCUAGUAAUAUUCGCAUCACGAUUUCUCCCUUUGGCUUUGUAAUUGCUUUAUUGAAUCCAUGAAUAUUAUCUGAUGCAGGUGUCAUUUCUUCAUCUUUGUAUCCCAUUGCUUUAAAUGUGCGAUAAAAUAAUAUAUCAACUGCACUUCCUGUAUCUAUCAAUGCCUUAUCAAUCGACCAUCCUUCAAAUGUUUUCUGUUAUGCAAUAACGUUUUCUCGCUCGACCGUGACCGUGAUUACCAACGGAUCUGUUCGUUGUAAGUCUUUUUCUGGAAUUUCAUCUGCCGCAAAGGAUAUCUUCACCUUUUCCCAAUCCUGUAAUGGGGAUUCUACCUUCAUCGUUUCAAUUUUCUUUCCUUCAUCAUUUCUUUUAUGAAUUUUCCCGGUUAUUGUCGCUUGGAAAUCUGCUUCAGAAAUUGAUACCUUAGUUAUGUUAUGACACUGUAUAUCUCUGCCUCUUUCUUGAACUGGUGUCAUUCUUGCUGUCUUCAUUAAUCUUUUAUGAUUCUUCCUUAAUUUCUCUUUGAAUUUCAUAUCUAUUACCAGGAUUUAUCAAUUCAGAGCUGUUUCUAGCGCCAAAAAUGUAGUUGUAAGAAAUCUUACAACUACACUCCAAUUUACCUAAUUGUUUCUCUAUGUAAUCAUUAUGCGAAAUUAUCUCAUUGAUGGAAUAUAUUCAGAUUAUUUACAAGGUUGCUGGAAACUUACAAUAACACUUUUGUAGACUGAACUCACUUUCUCUCUCUUACAAUCUCUCUUACAAGAAUUAUGUUGCAAUCCCUUACAAGACAACUACUCUCUCCUUUAUAUAGGGGUUUACAUGGUGGAUGACAGCUAAGAAUUCCUUUAUUUUCGGGAUCUCUGUGCGACAUAUUCGCUCAUAUACAAUCGUUCGUCUUCGCAUAACUCCUCACACUUUACUCAUGACUUUUGCUGACAUGACCUGAUGUGACAUCUCAAUUUGCUAUGUGCGAUAUUCCUCGGGUAUGUUGUAUUCUUCACUUGGCGUGAUUAUUAAUAUGUGCGAUAUUUAACUCCUACAACGGCAAAUACCAUGUUGGAAGUCCCAUCGGACUCAAUGUGACUUCAGUAUAGUUACGUAGUACGUUUUACUUCGACUACUGUAUAUUCAAAUGCAUGUACUUUCAAUCUUGUUAUCAGUGUGAAACCAUAAAUGUCAAUUUGUUCUGUUUAAGAUAAGAAGAAAAAUCGUCUAACCAUAAUUGUGUGAAAAAUAUCUGAGAUAGAAUUCGCAUAUCCUUACAUUGUGCAAUAAUGUAAUUGAAAAAUAUGAUUAUGUGAAAAAUAGUCCAGAAAGAUGGCUAUGAAUUUGGCCACAUUUGGCCCCCCUUUGUUCCCCUGUCAUUGUUGAUAUUGCUGUCCAAGUAAGGUUUCCAUAGACUAUGUUCAGAGUAAAAGACAUGUGAUCUUUUGGAAAAAAAAAGUGUACGAGAAGUAUCACGAUCCUUGAUUUCAUUUAUUGAACGGUUUGAAUCUUCUUACGAAACCGGCUCAUAUUUAUGUUGUAAACACACUUUACCAAUAGUGAUUAAAACCAUCAAGCCAAGAUUGUUUAUAAGUUUUAAUGGCAUCAUAGUACUCUCAUUUUUGAUCUAAGCUGAAGCGCAUCGGGCAACAAUUCAAGCUAUAAGGAGUACUCCGGUUGUUAGAAAUGAAAAUAGUGAAUCAGCUAACUAGUAUUACAUUUUUCUUGUUGAGCAUGGCUUUGCUAAAUGAAGCCAUCUCCCCUACAACCAAGCACUAUAUAGUGUAUAUGGGAGAACACUCUUUCUUGGAUUCCGACUCUGUAAUCUCAUCAAACCAUGAGAUGCUUGCAUCAGUUACUGGCAGUAUUCAUCAAGCGCAAGAUGCAGCAAUUCACCAUUACAGCAAGACCUUUCGAGGCUUUUCAGCGAUACUGACACAAGAACAAGCGCAAACACUUUCCGAGAAAGAGUCGGUCAUUUCAGUUUUUGAAAGUAGGGCAAUUCCUCUCCAUACUACUCGUUCAUGGGAAUUCCUCGGAAUUAAUGCUAUUCCAGAACUUAACCAGUCGACCUCAGAUGAGCCACAAUCUGAUGUGAUAGUUGGUGUACUUGAUACCGGAGUUUGGCCCGAGUCAGAGAGCUUCAAUGAUGAAGGCUUAGGGCCUAUUCCUAAGAGAUUUAAAGGAGAAUGUAUUGUUGGAGAUCAGUUUACAGUUCAGAACUGCAACAGGAAAAUAAUCGGUGCUCGGUACUAUUAUAAAGGAUUUGAAGCAGAAUUCGGACCUCUUGAAUCUCGCAAUGGAACUUUCAUCCGAUCAGUACGUGAUACCGAGGGCCAUGGAACGCAUGUUGCAUCAACAAUUGCUGGUUCAUUGGUCAAUAAUGUGAGCUUAUUUGGGAUUGCUAGAGGAACCGCGAGAGGUGGUUCACCGAGUGCUAGACUUUCCAUAUACAAACCAUGUUGGUUCAGGUAUUGUAAUGGUGCAGACGUACUUCGUGCUCUUGAUGAUGCCAUUGAGGACGGAGUCGAUAUAAUUUCUCUUUCUCUAGGACCUCCUCCUACCAGUUACUUCGCAGAUGUGAUCUCCAUUGGAUCUUUCCAUGCAUUCAAGAAAGGAAUUCUUGUUUCUGCUUCAGCGGGAAAUUCAGGAACUCCAGGCACUGCAUGUAACAUUCCUCCAUGGAUUCUCACUGUCGCUGCUAGCUCAACCGAUCGCGAACUUAACUCGAAUGUUCGUCUGGGAAGUUCAAAAGUUUUGAAGGGUUCGUCAAUAAACUCAUUGAAAAUGGCGACAGAAUAUUAUGGAAUUGUAAUGGCAACUGCUGCAGCUGCAGCUGGAGUUCCUGCAAGAAAUGCAAGCUUAUGCAUGAACAACACACUUGAUCCUACUUUGAUUAAGGGCAAAAUAGUUCUAUGCACGGCGGGGGAUUUCACCGACGCGAGAAUUCGCAAAAGUAUUGCCAUAAGGCAAGGAGGUGGCGCAGGAAUGAUUCUCAUCGAUCCAAUAUUUGCAAAUGAUGUCGGCUUUCAGUUCUUCACCCCCACUACUCUUAUAGGUGAAGCAGAAGCAGAAGUUCUAUAUGAAUAUCUAAACACAACUACGAAUCCGACCGCAAAGUUCUACCCAACAAUGACAGUUCUCAACACUAGACCGGCUCCGGUAAUGGCAUCCUUUUCAUCAAUGGGACCUAAUAUUCUCACUCCAGAGAUUAUCAAACCUGAUAUCACGGCGCCUGGUGUUAACAUUUUAGCAGCAUGGUCUCCAUUAGCAGUUGAUGCAGAGGGAUCCGUUAACUAUUACAUUACAUCAGGCACCUCCAUGUCCUGUCCACACAUUUCCGGAGUUGCCGCUUUCAUAAAAAGUCGCCGCCCUGCUUGGAGUCCUUCUGCUAUAAAAUCAGCAAUAAUGACCACAGCUACUGUGAUGGAUAAUACAUGGAAAUCUAUAUUAAAAGAUCCAAAUGGUUCUCCAACGACACCAUUCGACUACGGAUCUGGACACGUAAAUCCUCUAGCAGCACUAGAUCCUGGACUUAUUUACGACUUCGGCCCCAACGACGUAAUCGACUUCAUUUGUACUUAUGGUGCCACCCCUGCACAAUUCCGGAAUCUCACUACAGAACCAAUCACGUGCAAGAACCCACCAAUUCCAACUUACAAUCUCAACUAUCCUUCAAUUGGUGUAACCAAUGUGAACGGAACUGUCACAGUCCUACGGACGGUAACAUACUGCGGUCCUGGUUCAACAGUUUUUACAGCCUCCGUUGAGAAUCCGGACUAGUAACGGAAGUUUUGUGUUUGGUUCCAUAAUUUGGAACAAUGGUGCAUACAAAGUCAGGAGCCCCAUUGGAUUAAACGUGACUUCAAUCAAGUAAUUAAAUAGCUAGAGUUUCAUUUCUAUUGAACUUGUAAUUCAGGCCAUUAAGUGACCGCCGUUUGCUUAAAUAAAACUUUGUAAUUAGAGAAGAACUCAGAGAAAUGAAACGAGCGGAUCUGAAUAUAUGGGUCGCUUUAUGACUA